UGUCACUUGCAUUUGACAGUAUUUUGAUUACAUGUGUUUUGAUCAACAGUUUUUCUCUGAAGAAUUGCUCGCUUACUUUUAGAUUUAUUUGUCUGGUAGUUAACUGAAUAAAAUGCGUACCAGAAGUCGAACCGCGUCACAAAGCAUUGCAGUGGAUGAAAAUGCUGAAGUGGAAGUUCCAAGCAAGAAAAAGGCACCGCAAAAACAAAAUGACGAUGUCUUAGUCGCUAGCAUCAUAAGUUCAAUCAAAGAGGAAUAUUCGGCAAAGAAAUCGGACAUGAAGAAAAGUGAGAAUGGUAGCUCGAAUUCAACGGCAGUUAAGAAGAGCGCCGCACCAAAAGUUGUUCGUGGCAAACCGAAAUCGGGACGACCAUGGAAGGAGGUUAAACAAAGAUUCUCGACAGUCAAGAAAUCAAUCUAUCGACGGCCAUUUGAGAAGAAGCAACAGUUACGUGAAGAAUUGAAACACAUCAAAGAACUAUCGAAAUCGAUCAAGGAAGACAAGAAGCUGGAAAACAUCCAGAAGAAGGAGCGUCGAGAGGAAAAUGCAAAACGACGCCUGGAAAAUGAACGCAAAAAUGAAAUCGUGCAAGUUAUCAAGAAUCCAGCCAAACUCAAGCGAAUGAAGAAGAAGCAAUUGCGAAAGAUCGAAAAGAGAGAUCUAACCGCUGGCAAUGGACCCAAAGUCGUAUAACAUUUUACACGUACAUAGAUUUAUCGAAUUGUUACUACUACUGACUGUAAUAAAGCUUAAGAAAGAUAUGCUUGAAAACGUAAAACACAACGCUUUCGAUAUUU